GAUGAUCUCAACAAUAACAAAUAAAAACAAUUGUUAUCCGAUCAACACCAUCCGUACACAGGCAAGAUCAACGCUUUGUAUGCAUCAACAACCCACAAACCCAGUAAUUAUGACCAAUUCCAUCGCGAAUCAUCGUCGGUUAUCGAAAUGUACCCCUGGAUGGAUUGCAAAUCCUUCGCUUUUCCCCGCAUGCCUCGGCGUGUGACUCCUAGAUAAAUAAUUUCUCCUACCCCAGGGUCUUUCGCCGUUCACGCGACAUCAACACCAAUUUUGGUCUUUUGUCUAUCCCUACAACCCUCCGACCUAGGAGGAGUAUUAAAACUGCCUGCUUGCCAGGCUGCCACUCUUUUAUCUAUAUAACAAUCUUUAAUCAAUUGUUUCUAUACAAUGCGUUUUCAAUCCCUUCCUUGGGCAUUUGCCCUGGUCACUCCCUCCUUGGCCUCCCUUUUUCCUUCCGAUCAUUCUCUCCAACAACUCAGCGACACUAAAUCCCGAGCAGAAGCUGUCAAAGAGGCCUUUCAGCAUGCUUGGGAUGGGUAUAACAAAUAUGCGUUUCCUCAUGACGAAUUGCUCCCGGUUUCCAAUGGCCAUGGCGACUCCAGAAAUGGAUGGGGUGCUUCUGCUGUCGAUGCCCUCUCUACGGCCAUUGUGAUGCGCAAUGCCGACGUGGUCAACCAGAUCCUGGAUUUUAUCCCUACCAUCAACUUCCAUAACACAUCGAGCAGUGUCAGCCUGUUCGAGACCACCAUUCGGUACAUUGGAGGCAUGCUGUCGGGAUACGAUCUGUUGAAAGGUCCUGCGUCCGAUCUGGUCAAGAAUUCCUCCAAUGUCGAUGCCCUUUUGACCCAAUCCAAGACCCUGGCCGAUGUGCUCAAGUUCGCCUUUGACACGCCGUCCGGUGUACCAAACAACGACGUCAACAUCAUCUCCAAGGAAGAUGAUGGGACGAAGACCAAUGGAUUGGCCGUGACUGGUUCGUUGGUUUUGGAAUGGACGCGAUUGUCCGAUCUGACGGGCGACGAUGAGUACGCAAAGCUCACCCAGAAAGCUCAGUCGUAUCUGCUGAACCCGAGCCCGUCUAAAUACGAGCCUUUCCCGGGCCUGGUGGGCAGCCACAUCGACAAGGAAACAGGACAAUUUACCGACGGUGUUGUUAGUUGGAACGGUGGUGACGACUCAUUCUAUGAGUAUUUGAUUAAGAUGUACGUGUAUGACACGAAGCGGUUUGGACUGUACCGGGACCGAUGGGUGGCCGCUGCCAACUCCUCCAUGCAUCAUCUCAAGUCGCACCCACCAUCUCGCCCAGACCUCACCUUCCUGGCCUCGUACGAGGACGGUAAAUAUGGCCUGGCCUCUCAGCACCUGACCUGUUUUGACGGCGGAAACUUCCUGCUGGGUGGAUCGGUACUGAAUCGACAGGAUUUUAUCGAUUUUGGUCUGGAGCUGGUCAAUGGCUGCCACGAUACAUACAACGAGACGCUGACUGGAAUUGGGCCCGAGUCCUUCAGCUGGGACGCAAGUGCUGUUCCGGCUGACCAGAAGGAGCUCUAUGAACGGGCGGGAUUCUACAUCACCAGUGGAGCGUACAUCCUGCGGCCGGAGGUGAUUGAGAGUUUUUACUAUGCGUACCGCAUCACUAAAAACACAAUGUACCGUGACUGGGUCUGGAACGCCUUUGUAGCGAUUAACAAAAACUGUCGCACCGACUCGGGCUUUGCUGGUUUGCAAAACGUGAACGAACUCAACGGAGGAGGCAAAUAUGACAACCAGGAGAGUUUCCUGUUUGCAGAGGUGCUGAAAUACGCGUACCUGACGCAUUCCGGGGACGACGAGUGGCAGGUAAAUCCGGGGGCGGGCAAGAAUGCAUUUGUCCUCAACACCGAAGCCCAUCCCAUCCGGGUGGUUCAGUGAGUAUAUACAGUACAUACCAGUAUCUAGACCGUUCCUAGACCGUGUACCUAAUACUUAUUGAUAUGCGAAUUGACAUGAGUUAUUGCUGAGGCAUGCGGAAUGUAAUUCGUGGAACCAAAUGAUCGACAUGUGGCAUGGAUGGCUGGACCCACCGAGUACAAAUGCGCAGAUUUGAGCAACCUUGGGAGACAAUCUGCUCGAUUCCCCUCAGACCUUGGGGGAAACCCUUAAAUACCUUGACGUAGAUAAUUCAAGUACCAGC